CAGGGGUCGCGCAUGCGCGUUUGAGCCGGGAGACAGCGCCGAGGGGGAGGGCGGAGCGCACCGGAAAGCGCGGGGGGCAGGUUCGGGGGAAAGUAAGGGGAAGAUACGGGCGGAACAAGUGAAACAGAACGACAGUUAGGCUGCCGGGAAGGAGGGAAGGACGCUUCGAAAGUUCCCGCUGAGAAGCGGCGGGUCGGGCCCGCAGCGGAGGAGCCGAGGCCGUGAGGUGGCCACGCAACGCCGACGUUUUGGGAUGGCCCGUGCCUCUUCCGCAGAACUGGAUCCCCUCGGGAAGAACGUGAAGCUCUGAGGCUCCCUCCUGUGAAACAGCAAAGCCCAGUAAUUUCAUCCAGCUCCCCGUGGGCUCGUACGAACGCUCCCUUUCUUCUGAGGAGGUGGAUACGGUGCCUUGGGAGCGUUGCUCAUGCUGGAACUGCCUGGCUCCCUGAUGCGUCCCGGGAUGGCAGCUAGGUGACGGCGCUUGAGGAUGACCCUGACUGAAAAGCUGCGCGAGAGGAUAUCCCGGGCCUUCUACAACCACGGGCUGCUGUGUGCUUCCUACCCCAUCCCCAUCAUCCUCUUCACUGGCCUCUGCAUUUUGGCUUGCUGCUACCCGCUGCUCAAGCUGCCCUUACCCGGAACAGGACCCGUGGAAUUCAGCACCCCGGUGAAGGAUUACUCUCCGCCCUCCCCAGACGUGGUCUCGCAGCAGGGAGAUCUCAGCGAGCGCCCUGACUGGUAUGUCGGUGCUCCUGUGGCCUACAUUCAGCAGAUCUUUGUGAAAGCAACCGUCUCCCCAUGGCAGAAGAACUUCCUCGCUGUUGAUGUCUUUCGUUCGCCGCUGUCCCGCGUCUUCCAGCUGGUGGAAGAGAUUCGAAACCAUGCCCUGAGAGACAGCUCUGGUGUCAAAAGCUUGGAGGAAGUUUGCCUGCAGGUAACAGACCUUCUUCCUGGCCUCAAGAAGCUGCGGAAUCUGCUCCCCGAACACGGCUGUCUGUUACUGUCUCCAGGGAACUUCUGGCAGAAUGAUCGAGAGCGAUUUAAUGCUGACCCAGAUAUCAUCAAAACCAUCCACCAGCAUGAACCAAAGACUCUGCAGACAUCAGCUACUCUCAAAGAUCUGCUGUUUGGACUCCCAGGGAAAUACAGCGGGGUGAACCUGUACAACAGGAAGCGAGUGGUGGCAUACACUGUCACACUGGGUCUCCAGCGAUAUGAUUCCAGGUUCCUCAGCAGCCUCCGCUCCCGCCUCAAGCUGCUGCAUCCCAGCCCGAACUGCACGCUGCGGGAGGAGAGCAUCGUCCACGUGCACUUCAAGGAGGAGAUUGGCAUUGCUGAGCUCAUCCCCCUCGUCACCACCUACAUUAUACUCUUCGCUUACAUCUACUUCUCCACACGGAAGAUUGACAUGGUGAAAUCGAAGUGGGGUCUGGCUCUGGCAGCGGUCGUGACAGUGCUCAGCUCCCUGCUGAUGUCAGUCGGGCUGUGCACCCUGUUUGGUUUGACACCUACUCUUAAUGGAGGAGAGAUUUUUCCAUACUUGGUUGUCGUGAUCGGCCUGGAGAACGUGUUGGUUCUCACCAAGUCCGUUGUGUCUACGCCCGUUGACCUGGAAGUGAAGCUCCGCAUCGCCCAAGGCUUGAGCAAUGAGAGCUGGUCAAUUAUGAAGAAUAUGGCCACGGAGCUUGGGAUCAUCCUGAUAGGGUAUUUCACCCUUGUCCCGGCCAUCCAGGAGUUCUGCCUCUUCGCCGUGGUCGGCCUGGUGUCUGACUUCUUUCUGCAGAUGCUCUUCUUCACUACUGUGCUGUCCAUUGACAUUCGCCGAAUGGAGCUCGCCGACCUGAACAAGCGGUUGCCAGCAGAAGCCUGCCUGCCCCCGGCAAAACCCGCCAGCCGCUCGCAGCGCUACGAGCGGCAGCCAGCCCUGAGGCCUGCCACCCCCCACACCAUCACCCUGCAGCCGUCGUCCUUCAGGAACCUGCGCCUGCCCAAGAGGCUGCGGGUCAUCUACUUCUUCGCCAGGACCCGCCUGGCCCAGAGACUCAUCAUGGCCGGGACGGUGAUCUGGAUCGGAAUCCUGGUCUAUACGGAUCCUGCCGGUCUCCGCACCUACCUCACGUCUCAGGUCACCGAACAGAGCCCUCUGGGUGAAGCAGGCCUGCCUGCUAUGCCCGUUCCUGGAGGGGUCCUUCCUGCUGGCGACCCCAAGAUUGAUCUCUCGGUCUUCCCGUCGGACCCCAUGCAGCUGUCAGAGAACCAGAGCCAGCAGCGCGAGCAGCAGGCGGGCUUGGAAUCCCUGGGCAGGCUGGAGACAAACCAGCACACUUGGGCCCAAGGACCAGAGGGCAGAGGGAACGGGCAAACGGAGCUGGGAGCUGAAGCAGAGGUGACCUGGGGAGCAGAGGACGAAGAGAUUUGGAGGAAGCUUUCCUUCAGACACUGGCCGUCCCUCUUCAGCUAUUACAAUAUCACUCUGGCCAAGAGGUACAUCAGCAUCCUCCCAGCGAUCCCGGUCACGCUGUACCUGAACCCACAAGAGGCCUUGGAAGUGCGGCACCCCCAAGAGGCCAACCGCUACCAGCCCUUCCUGUCCUCCAGCGGUGGGAAGUUGAACGCUGAAGCUCAGCCCGACCAGGCGUCAUCCAAGCUGCAGGGGCACCGGGAUGUCACCCUUUACAAGGUGGCUGCGCUGGGCCUGGCCUCGGGCAUUCUCCUGGUCCUGCUGCUCUUCUGCCUCUACCGGCUGCUGUGCCCCAAGAACUACGGGCAGAAUGGGCACAGCAGGAGGAAGAGGGGGGACCUGCCCUGCGAUGACUACGGUUACUCCCCACCCGAGACCGAGAUCGUCCCCCUGGUUCUCAGGGGUCACCUCAUGGACAUUGAAUGUCUGGCCAGCGAUGGGAUGCUGCUCGUCAGCUGCUGCCUGGUGGGACAGAUCCGCGUGUGGGAUGCUCAGACCGGAGACUGCCUCACCGUCAUUCCCAAACCGAGGUUACGAAGAGACAGCAGCGGCAUUUUUGAUUACCAGGAGAGCUGGGAUCACAGCCCGGAUGGCAAGAACGGUCUGGACGACUCUUUUGAGAACAGCCACCAGCUGAAGAGGAUGCUGAGCCCUCCCCAGCCCCCCCUGUUCUGCGACCAGCCGGACCUCACCUCCCUCAUCGACACCAACUUCUCCGAGCAGGUGAAAGUGGCUGAGUCCGAGACGCGGCUCCGUGCUGUGGGCGGCCGCCAGAAAGAGGCCGGCUACGACUUCAGCAGCCUGGUCGGGAAGGUGUACGAAGAGCACAGCGCGUCCAACUGCAUGAACUUCAGCGGGCUGGCAGCCCCGCACGGCCAGGCCGCGUUCUGCGUGGGAGCCGGCAGCGCCCGCUCCCUGGGCUGCGGCAGCGAGGAGGGAGGCUGCGGCGGCCGCAGGAGGAGCCUGGGGGACGAGUCCCUGAGCGGGUUCGACAAAGCGUCGCCACUUCCCUCCUGGGGAGGAGACUUGGAGAGCUCCGUCUGGAGCCUGGAUCUGCAGGGGAACCUCAUCGUGGCGGGCCGCAGUAACGGCAGGCUGGAGGUGUGGGAUGCCAUCGAGGGCACCCUGCGCAGCAGUAACGAUGACAGUCAGUCCGGCAUCACAGCCCUCGUGUUCCUGAACAACAGGAUUGUUGCUGCCCGCCUGAAUGGCUCCUUGGAUUUCUUCUCGCUGGAAACACACACGUCCCUGAACCACCUGCAGUUCCGAGGAGCCCCGAGCAGAAGCAGCAUCCCGUCCUCCCCGGUGUUCAGCAGCAGCGACGUCAUCGUGUGCCAGCUCACCCACACCGUGUCCUGCGCCCACCAGAAACCCAUCACGGCGCUGAAGGCCGCGGCGGGACGCCUGGUCACGGGCAGCCAGGACCACACUCUGAGGGUGUUCCGCCUGGAGGACUCGUGCUGCCUGUUCACGCUGCAGGGCCACUCAGGAGCCAUCACCGCCGUGUACAUAGACCAGACGAUGGUGCUGGCGAGCGGAGGCCAGGACGGAGCCAUCUGCCUCUGGGACGUGCUGACGGGCAGCAAGGUCAGCCACAUGUACGCGCACCGAGGGGACGUCACCUCCCUCACGUGCACCGCGUCCUGCGUCAUCAGCAGCGGCCUGGACGACGUGAUCAGCAUCUGGGACCGCAGCUCGGGGAUCAAGCUCUUCUCCAUCCAGCAG